AUGGAUGAAAGUACUCUUCGUUCAAGGCAAAAGAAAUCAAGUGAAACUAGCGAUCAAGAUAAAGACCCAAUGCUCAUUAAAAAACGCAAACAAACGUCGGAAAAUUAUGAGUUUGGUGAUGUUCAAAAGAUUCCUAACAACAUACGAGAUAUCAUGGAAAAGAACUUUUCUCGUAUAUUCGCGUGGGAGUUAUAUUUUGGAUAUAUUUUUUGGACGAUUUUCUUCGGUAUUGGCCCAAUGGUGAUGUUCUUUCCCAUGGUCAAAUUGGCUAUUGACGGUUAUGAAAUCUUGAUUCUUUGCUUAGCAAGUCCGAUCAUACUUAGUUCUUCAAUUAUUAGAAAUAUUGCUGAGAGCACUGUGGGCAAAUUAAUAACUCGGAUCAUUAUCAUCAUUAGUUUACUAUCGUUUCAAUUUGAAAAUCCUGUUCUACGAUUGUUCAUACUUUCAAUAGGAACUGGCGCUGCUAUGAUUGAUCUUUGUACGAGUCUCAGUGCACGAUAUCAUUCAUACCGAUCAAUCAUUGUUUGGACAUUGACGAUCAGUUUGUUCUACUUUCUCAGUCUUCGCGUUUGUUUUAAAAGUAUAAUGCCAGCUUGGUCAGGUGUUCUUGCCAACGUAGUACAUGUCAUAAUUGGAUUUCUUGUCAUUGUUGAUCAAUUUAUGCGGGACAAUACCAUGUGGCAACUACUUCCAUCGAUCUCGCUUACUGCAACUCCACACACAUCUUCACUUGGUUUCAAUCCAUUACGAUCAGCACCACACGAAAGUGUUUUACAACCACAUUGGUUAUUACUUUCGAUUGGAUUUGGUAGUCUAUUAUUUAAUCUGCAUUGGGUAUUUGGUGAUCUAUCAGUUGUGAGUCGAUGGGCUUCGAAUGGCUUUCCAGAUCAAGCACCGGAACCGAUCCCAUACGGACUUCUCGUUUGGAUUGGUUUAUUUGGUGGUGUAUUAACCAUCAAUCGUCUCAGCAUCGUUACAAAUCGAUGGUGGGCAUCAAUCGGAUUUGUUGGUUAUGGUUUAUUAUAUUUCAAUCGUGGAAAUGUUGCAUUUGCUGGUACAACGAAGCUUUCAUACUCGAACUUUGAUUUCAUUCUUUACAUAGGUGGUGUUGCACUAAGUUUAUUCAUUGGAUCUGUCAUUCCAUUGAUAUUCGACAAAGUUGCUCGUGGCCUUUCGUCGCGUAUCGUUGUCAUCGGUGCUUUUGUCUACAUUCUUCAUGUUUUGUAUGCUGUUUGGACAAGUGCUUAUAAUUUCGUUCCGUUUGGUGGAACAUUAUUACGAGAAACAUCUCACGUUUUGGUAUUCUUCAACUUUCUCGGCAUUUAUUUUGGCGUUUACACUGCUAAGCCUAACUUAGGAACAUAUAUACGUGGGUACAUUUCGUCGAUUAGUUUACCAAAUCGUCGGAUUUGGUCACUCUUUGGUAUUGCCUUUAUUAUUGCGUGUGCUGGUACUUUUUCACGUUUUCUUAAUUUACCAUCGAAAUCAUUACGUCUAUCAGAAGAUCCAACUCAUAUCUCUGCUGCUAUUUGGACAGUGCACUUCGGCUAUGACAAUGACGCACGACCAAGUCUGGAUCGUGCUGCAGCUGUUCUUGCUGAUACAAAUGCGGAUGUUAUCGGUCUGUUGGAAACAGAUUCAGCAAAACCAUUCUUUGGAAAUAAUGAUUUGACAUCGUAUCUUGGAGAAAAAUUGCAUAUGUUUACGGACUUCGGUCCAUCAACAAAAGAUCAUACUUGGGGUUGUAUUAUUCUUUCUAAAUAUCCAAUUGUUCGAUCGGUGCAUUACUUAUUACCAUCACCCGAAGGUAAGAGUUUCUGCGGAGAUCAAACUGGUCACGUAUCUCCGAUAAAUUCAGGUGAACUUGCGCCGGCUAUACUUGCAACAGUUCAAACAGCAAGCAAAUUAGUCGAUGUACUCGUCGUUCACAUGGGCAAUGAUCGAGAUGAUUUAGAUCGAAAACUACAAGCUGAAAAACUACGAGAGAUUAUGGCAAAUAGUACUAAUCCAUUGAUUUUCCUCGGCUAUGUCACAUCGCAACCAUUCAGUCGAGAUUAUCAGGUGUUAACUUCAGCUGCAAAGGACAUCGAUGCCACUGACCGCGAUCGGUGGUGUGAAUAUAUUCUAUACAAAAACUUCAUUCGUGCGGGUUAUGCACGAAUCACACAUGCUGGUCUGACUGACACAGAAAUUCAGAUGGCUAAAUUCAAGUUCCCGACUAAUGCAGAUUUCAAUGAUCAUCCAGUUUUAGUGACUGAUCCAUCCGCUGUCACUGACCAAUCAGUUCUUUUCAAUUCAAAAUUCGGCUCAUUCUAUCGAGGCCAUGGACGCUUCAAUACUCAUCGCUUUCACAUGGAUACACCUAAAUAUUUUCUUCCCAACGGACCUAAAACCAAAUAA